CCCACGCCGCAUACUAUAGCCCCGCCCACGACCACGCCCCCACAGGAGACUCCACCUCCCCGCUGUGGGGGGGUAGCAAUAUUCUAGGCCUUUCGGUUUGCGCGGGCAGGCAGGCCUGCACCUGGAGGGGGAGCUCCCGCAGCGGCUCACGAUGGAGGAGCUGGAGCAGGGCCUACUGACGCAGCCAUGGGCACGCCUCCAGCUGCCCGAGCACACCCUCCUGGCCAAGGCCUUCAUCACCGGGCAGGGCUACGCCUUGCUGCUGUCGGAUCUGCAGCACGUGUGGCAUGAACAGGUGGACGCCGACACCGUCAGCCAGCGAGCCAAGGAGCUCACCAAGCGCCUGACAGCCCCUCCAGCCGCCCUCCUCUGUCACCUGGGUGAGCUGCUCCGGUCCCAGCUGUGCAAUGCUGUUUGCCCUGGCGAGGCCACCAUCUCCUGUGACCUGGGGCCGGAUGCUCUAGUUCUGCAUGUGCGGAGCCAACUCUCGGGCCUCCCAUUCUACUGGACUUUCUGCUGUAGCCCCGCUGGGCCAGCUCUGGUCUCCCAGCAUUUGAUCCGGCCACUGAUGGGCAUGAGUUUGGCCCUGCAGAGCCAAGUGAGGGAGCUGGCAGCGCUGCUUCAUAUGAAAGAUCUGCAGAUCCAGGACUACCAGGAGAGCGGGGCUACCCUGAGCCGAGAUCGGUUGAAGACAGAGCCAUUUGAAGAAAACUCCUUCUUGGAGCAGUUCAUGGUCGAGUGUUUGGAUAAAUACCUAAGAGUGGUGUUGCUGGACCGUAAGAAGCUACCUGAGGCCUGCCAUGUUGGGGAUGGGAGUGCUUUUGUCACUAGUCUCCAGAGUCUGUACACGGCAGUCACCAGACAAGAGGUCCAGACGACACAGAAGCACCAAGGCACCAGAGACCCUCAGAACUCCAGCACUACCUCCCCAUUAGGAGCCCACAGCCAGCUGCUGAACCACCCAGAACAGCUGGACUCAGCACCAACGUCCUCAAUGCCUGAGACAGAACCCACUGAAACCUCUGGCCCUGUGCAGAGACCUCAGCUGAGAAAGGUCAAGAGAAAGAAGCUAAAGGGACUCUUCAGCUGACCACCUACUGUCCAGCUGCCAAUGAGGGACUCCGGGAAGAGGCUUCUGACAUCACCCUGAGAGGCUCUGCCAUGACAAGCAGGGUCUCUGACCCAGGAUGACACCGUGUGAAGCCCUGCUGGGGGGCGGUGGGGAGGCAGGACGGACUCAGCUAUGGACUCCUGGGCUCCUGAGCUGGAAGAGGUGGCAGCAGGAAGACACAGCACACUUAGGGAGCCUUGUCUGCUGUUCUCAAAUGCCCUGGCCAACCAAGGGGCUCCCAUGACCCUCUCUUCCUCUCUCUCUCUCUCUCUCUCUCUCUCGCUCUUUCUUUCUUUCACUGUUCAGCUCUGUUCAGCUAUUCAGCUGAACACUGUUCAGCUCUGGCUUAUGGUAGUGUGGGGGACUGACAUUAUGCUAUCUCCCUCACCCUUUAUUUCUUUAGCAUGAAAUAAAAAGCAUUCACACUCCC